AUGAACGGCAGAUCCCUGCAACAGAUUGGAAGGGGGAGGAGAGAAGGUCAUGGCAGAGUCAAGGAUGACUGGAGCUCCCUGCCUGGGGAAAGGAAGGAUGGCUGCGUUUUAGUUGCCAAGACAACAAGCCUCAGUGGCAGCCAGAGAGGCUACCGAGUCCCUCUCUGGGAUUCUCCUGCUCUCGGUUAUGUAGCACAGGCAGACUUCCUUCCACUUGGAAGUACGAUAUGCUGCUCUGUUACUCAAGAGAGAACAGGCUGGUCAAGACACCAUGCCACAGCCUUGGCUUUUAAAGAUGCUGGAAAAACGCCCGCGGAACCAGCAGUGGCAAUUCACUGAAUUAGAAUUACCCUAACCAAACCCAAUAUAAAACCCCCAGAGAAGGUGUGUACUGACUUGAUCAGAGGAAAGGAAAAGAAUCUCCAAGUGAAAGGUCCAGUUUGGAUGCCUACCAAGACCAAUCCAAGGAAAACUCCUUCUAGUGAAGGUUCUAAGACAUGGGAUCACUCCCAGAUGAGAAUCCACAAGCGACUCAUUGACUUUCUCAGUCCUUCUGAGAUUGUUAAGCAGACCACUUCUAUUGGUUUUGAGCCAGGAGUUGAGGUUGAAGUCACCACUGCAGAUGUUCCCUCCACCUUCACUGACCAUUAUUCUGCCCUGCAAAUGUUUCAUGUGGACGACUGCCUCUUCCACAUGACAAUUAAUCAAUCCCUCAGUUCCACCUCUGUAACAGCCUUACAAAUUAAAGGCACCCUGUUUCGCUCCAUUCUUUUCACAAACAUCAGUGCAGUGUCUACCACAUGCAAGAAGCUUCGCUUUUGGCAUAAAGAGGAUACUAAGUCAGCAGCUUCAUCCUCUGGAAGGCAUGAGACACUGGGGAAUGAACCAGAUCAAGUCCCUGUCAUCUUCAAAGAAUUUACCAGGAACAAUUCUCAGCCUCAUGAUACACGUAUUUGCACUGAAAGAUUGAGCGAGAGAAAAGCAGGAGUGUAUUUGAGGGAAGGAGGGUGGCUAAGCGGGUAUACACAGUGGGACGCGGGGAUCUUACAGAGCUGGGCUUCCCCACCUGUCGACCCCACUUCCCCCAUGUGCUCGCCGCGGGAUGACAACCACAACACUCCAGAACCACCCCCCUCCAAAAGGGGGCGGGGUUACGCCUUCAGCCAAUCAGGACCCGCGAGCCCCGGGAGUCCAACCUAUGGGGUGGCCGUGGCCGUGCAGGGGGAGGACGCGGGGUGGUCCGGGAGGUGCCGAGUCCGUGGGAGGCGCGCACGUGUCGAGUCCAGAGAGGCCGGGAGGCGGCGGACGUCCAGCUGCGGAGGCGCGGACUCUGCACCCUGGCAGCCGCAGAGUCCAGCUACCCACUGCCUCCUUUGCCUCAGGCUGGGCCGGGCAGGGAGCGCUCCCGCCUUGGAAGACCUGUCCAAGGUGUCCGAGUUCCCCACAAGGCAGAGAGGAAAGUUUCCGGCCCGCACCAGAGCGGAGUCCGCCGAGGCAGGGAGAAGGGAUGCAGGGCGGGAGGGUGACAACCUGGAAAGAAGAGGGCAGGGGGAGGACGGGCCGGACGGGAUCCUGGGCGAGAUCGGGGGCGACGGGUGGCGGGGUGCGCUGUCCAAGGUGCAGGGAAGGUGGUUGGCGCGCGGCAGGCUCGGAGCCUGGAGCCGACACAGGCUGGCGGGCGGCGGGGAGAGCGGGGAACAGCUGUCUGGGGCACCGGGCACCCCCGGGCUCCUAAAAGUGACCGGGCUUGAGCUGGGGUGCGGCGGGGAAAGGCGCGGGGGUCUGCACCGACGCCCCCACGCUUCCACGUACCUCUCCCUACCAGCCUCACCUCCAGCUCCACUCCCCUCCCCCCUCGCCCACUCCCCUCCAAGCCUAGGUCCAGGCGCCGCGGCGGGGGCGGGACCAGAGAACCCCGGCCCGGAGCCCGGACGCCCCAGGUAUGCUGCAGGCUCGGGAGCUGGUUACCUGGGGCCGCGGUAUGAGGAGCGGAGACAGUCCGCCGCGCGGAGCCGGGCGCCGGGCGCGGCGCGGCUCCUCCUAGCCUCGGCGUCCUCCCCUUUCUCGGCUUCUCCGGGACUCUGUCCCGGGCAAGGAGCUGCGAGACGGGGCCGGGCUGCAGCCGCCGUUCCCUCCACCGCCGCCGUCGCCGCCGCCGCAGACAGAGGACGCCCCGUGGCGGCUGGAAGCCUGUGUGAGUAG